AUGAGUCUUUGCAAGUGUGAUUUGACGACCCCGUUAGAGAUCAUCAGAUGUCAGUGAAGUGUUGAAGUGCGAUGGCCUCCAGAGUUCUGCUUCAUGUGCUCCUGGCUGGGGUUUUAUUCCACGUGACAGCUGCUGAUGAUUGCUUAAGCUACACAACCAGUGGCGGCACUUAUAAGUACCGUGAAAACUGCAUGUUUUUUCAGUUCUGCUGUGGGACUUGUGAGAACAGAUACUGCUGCUCGAAAGAACCAUCCCGCUUAUCUGACAGCGCUCAAGUCACCUGCAUUGUCAAAACCAUGGGCAGCGCUGCCAUUGGCUUGACAAUAGCGGGGAUUGGCAUCGUCUUCGUUGUGAUCAUCAUCUGUUGCUGCUGCUGCUGCUCGUGUUGCUGCGAAAAUCCAAGACCUGUGGUAGGAACAACAACAACUACAGUCGUAAAUACACAAUGCGCUAUGCAGCCGCCCAUGGUACAGGGAGGUCAGUACCCAGCAUACCAGCCUGUGCCAACACAGCCGGCUUAUGCAGGGCAACCCAUGCCAGCCGGACAUUAUCAGACACAGCCAUAUGUUGCGGAACCCCCACCCCCAUAUCAUACAGUCGCAGGCCCCGGUCAGCCCUCGUACCUGAUACACACACCUGCUCAGGAAGGUUUCGCUUACCCGCUACUAACAGACGCCUUGAAUCAGCCAGCCUACAACAUGCAGUCACCAAACUGCGGUUACGCGUCGUCUCAUAUUACACCAUCCGCACUCAGCGCUCUAGUGAAGGGGAAACGCUGCGCUAUGGCCUCCGCCGUCCCGGUUCUUCUGCUCCUGUGUGCGGCUUUAUUCACGACGACAGUCGCUGAUAAUGAUUGUCAAAGCUACAUGACAAGCAAUGGCAUCUUCAAACCGUCCAUUGACUGCAGGCUCAUGCAGUUCUGCUGUGGAAACUGCAACAACAGAUACUGCUGCUCCAACCCACUGGAGAUACUCACCGAGGAUGCGCAAGAUGACUGUUUUUUCAGCAAUGACUUCAAGCCUAUCGCCGUGGGCGUGACGGUGGCGGCGAUCGUAAUCUUCGUCAUCCUCUUCAUCGUCUGCUGCGUCUGUCCCUGCUGCUGUCUCUACAAAAUGUGCAGGAAACCCAGACCCAUAGUGACGACAACAACGCACACAGUCGUAAGCGCACAAUACCCUCAGCAACCCGUCGUGCCGGCCGGUCAGUACCCACCAUACCAGCCCGUGGCCCCUCAGCCUGGAUACAAAGGUCAGCCGGCUUAUGGUGGUCAGCCGGCUUAUGGUGGACCCACCAUGCCAACCGGACCAUAUCAGGGACAACCAUACAUAGCAGGACCCCCGCCACCAUAUCAGGAGGCUGGCGGUCCAGGAUAUCCUGCUCCCUACAGCCAGGCAGCGUUUGAUGGCGGUCAGGCCUCGUACCCCAUCCAACCACCCGUUCAGCCUGGUUUUGCUCACCCGCCCCCACUGACAGACUACAGCUCGACUCAACCGGCGUACAACCCCGCCUACAUGGAACCACCAAAGACCGGUUACUGAACCACAAGCAUCUGUUACAUCAGCGGAACGUGGACGUGACUCCAGAACGGCUACUGUGGGCACAAUCCUGCCGUCAGGACUAAAACGACUGACAUUUGUUUCUGUUGCUUUAAACGUUUCCUUUCAUUUUAUAUAAGUCUAGUUGUAUCCACUCCUGCCGUCAUCUAGGUGAAGCCAUAUUUUUAGGGUCGUGUUCGGUUUGUUUUUCUCGAUUUAGCAAAGGGAAAAUGUUUGAGAAUUGAAAACACUCAUUGAAAGUACUCGUUUCUUAUUCGAAUGCCAUUGGAGCCUUAUAUUCGAGGCGUUUUUAUUUUUCAACAGGAGUAUUUGCACAAAACAGACGCUUUAUGGAGAAUGGUGGUUGGUUGAAUUCGAAUGGGAAUGUGACGCCAGCAUGCUGUUCAUCUUAAAGUUGUAUUCGAGUUCGUACAUCUGGGAAAGUACAUUCAUGCUUUAAAUGCGCUUUCAUGUACAAUAAUCCAGAAUAUGCCUUGUUUCAUAUUGCACCAAACGACACGGACGUGUCGAUCGCAGGGUUCCCACGGCGUGUUUAAGGCAUGUAACGGAAUCUGAAGAAUAAGCAGAUGUUAUUUUAGUCGGGUUUAGAUGGCGCGACGUUGUGAACAUCAGUUCAAACGUUGCAUAUUUUUUUGCCACGUAAAUUCUGCAUUUGCGCAAGAUGUAGCAAAGUGGGAACCCUGGUAUUAGUAAGCAGAGAAAGUGUCAACUUUAGUUUUGUUAAACAAGGGCGGCAUCACACUUUAGAAAUUUCCCUUGUGACUUCUUUCCUUGAGGGUCAAAACUGCAACAGCAAAGACCAAAUAUAGAAAUUCAAUGUAACGUACGCAAGGUUAGAAAGAGGGUGAAUUUUUUCAAUGUUGUCUUCAUAUAUAUCCGGAGUUAAAGCAGUCAUAUAUGUGGCGUUCUUUCUAUCUGUAAACUCAAAUCUUCCACAUGCUUUGUUGGUUUCGUCAUAUUCUUGAGGUUUAUAAAUGUGUGUAAAGAUCAAACUGAUCUGUGUUUUACGUUCAAACAUUUGUAUUCAAGCAUCUCCAUGCUUGCGGCAGCAAAUAAAACCCUGGUCUUAUGCUCAAAACAUCAGUCUGAAAUGUCAA